AUGACUCAAAACAACUAUUCAAUAGUUAUACAGUUGAAUUCCAAGCAACAGGCAGCUUCAGCAUACAAGACUUUUAUCACGGGAGAUAUAGGAAUCAGUAAAAGACAACCCUUUAAUUUGAUUAGUAAGCAUUAUUCUUCAAAAAAGAUCCAAGAUUGUAGGUACUCUAAUAUAUAUAUUCAAAUGGAAGAUUCUAGUAGACAAGCUCAAAGGGAUAGUGACCCAAUGCUUCCGACUAGGGGCGAAAAUGGUAAUAGAAGCGGUAGUAAUUCCACAAAGGACACGGAUUUGAUUGUAUCACAGUAUAUUGGUGAUGGAAUUAUUAGAUUGUUCAGAAAUAUCAAUAGUAUAGAUACUGAUUAUGAGGCAAAAUCCAGUUUGAACGAAAGUACACCAGUGUUGGAGGAAGAUGAUAAUAUGUCCGUUGUACGAGGUGAUGGAACCAUGUUGGCUAUUUUAUUCAUACCGAUAUAUUUCACCGUACAUGAAUUAUUACACUAUUAUAUUGGCGAUGAUAUAAUAAAUCAUGAGAUAUCUUAUUUCAGAAUAUUAAAGAAUAAAUCAGUAAACAAGUUUGGAUAUAAUUUCAUGGUUUUAAUCAAAUUUAAAUUUAAAGAAGCUGCUAAGAAAUUUAUGAAUAAAUUUAAUGGUCAAAAAUUUUCUAAAAUGGAUCCAGAGACCUGCCAUGUAGUAGAGAUUGCUAAAAUUGUUUUUGUUAACAAUUUAUUUUCUGAUACAAACACUAAAGACUUCCCAUUUCUUUUAACUGAUCCAUUUACAAAUCCAAAACCAAACCCGAAUUCAAAUUCGAAUAAUAAUAUUAAUACUUCACUAGAAUUACCAAGUUGCCCCGUUUGUUUAGAAAGAAUGGAUUCUUCAAUAACUGGGCUAAUAACUAUACCGUGUCAGCAUACUUUCCAUUGCCAAUGCUUAAAUAAAUGGAAAAACUCCAAAUGUCCAAUUUGUAGGUUUUCCACUCUUCGAAUCUCAAGAGAUUUAGUGAUUAACAAGAAACAGGUAAAUAUCAAGGAUUCGAAUCAUUGCUUAGUUUGCAAUUCAUUAGAUAACUUAUGGAUUUGCUUGAUCUGUGGGAAUAUCGGUUGUGGGCGUUAUAAUUUAAAGCAUGCGAUUGAGCAUUAUGAAAAGACAAGCCAUUGUUUUGCCAUGGAUAUGAAAACUCAAAGGGUUUGGGAUUAUUCUAGUGAUAAUUACGUUCAUAGAUUGGUUCAAAAUGAAGUCGAUGGGAAAUUAGUAGAAGUCACUGCUAAUGCCUCGAAUAAUGAUAAUGACGAAUUAACAACAUUAUUAAAUUCUACUACAAGAAAUAGACAACUUCAAGAUUUUUCUAGAAACCAUCAAACCAAUGGGAAUUCUCUAAUUACAAGUAUUCAUCAAACAUCUGCUUUAUCUACUGAAAACUCAACUUCUUCUAAUGUGACUGAUGAUAACAAUGAUGAAUUUGAUAAAUCAUCUAGCAAAGAUUAUAAUAUGAUACAUAAUUUCAUGAGAAAUAGAGAAUAUCAUCUUGAAUAUGUUCAAGUUCUUAUAUCACAACUAGAAUCACAAAGAGAAUAUUAUGAAUUAAAGUUAGAAACUCAAAAUUUAGAAAUUAAAAAAAUGAAUGAAAACAAUCAAAAUAAAAACCAAAUUGAAAUUGAAAAACUAAAUUCCAAAUUAAAUGAUUUAAAUACAAAAUUAAGUAAUACUUCAAAUAUUAUUGAAAAACAAAAUCAUGAUAUAGAUGAAAAAAAUUUAAUGAUUAAAGGCUUACAAGAAAAUCUUGAUUCUCAAACGAAAAAAAAUACAAAUCUGGAAAAACUUGUGAACCAAUUACAAGCUGAAAAUCGUGAUUUAACUGAACAAACAAAAGAUUUAAUGUUUUUCUUGGAUUCUCAACAAAAAUUUGCAAAUGAAUCAGAUGAAGUUAAAAAUGGUACAAUUGUUAUUCAGCAAAACCCACAACCAUCAAGUAGUAAUACUACUAAAUCUAACAAAAAGAAAAAAAUAAAAAAAAAAAUAAAAUAA